CUUCUCAUUAUUAUAUAAACAUUAGCCUAGAUCUUGUAAAUAAACUGUUUUUUAUUCAUAGUUUUUCAUAUUGAGUUUUGAGCCCAGUAAGCAAUUCUAUUAUCUGUAACUGGCCCACUCAGAUAAGUAAUUGCCCACCACUGCACUAACCUAACUCAUCCUAACUGGCCCAAGAUAAAAAGAAUUGAGUAGAAAAACAGGAUAGCACCCAUAUUUCUUCUAACUAAAAGUUCAGUUCCAUGGUCAAGUUCCAAUUUGAUGGAAUUUAACUUUUUUGUAUUGCUAUACUAAUACUGUAUUUGGAAUUUUUUUCGUAUAGAGUUCAAAGAUAAUUAGAAUAAGAAAAUCAUGGAUAGGCGUAUGGCUCGAAAGCUGGUUGUUGAUGAAGCGCCAAACAGACUAUUUUUAAAAUAUUUAGCUGAAUGGCGAGAUGAAGCCAAAGAAAAAGGCGAUAAAAGUUCUUUUACUUACAAUAAAGCAUAUAAAAGUCUAAAGAAAUACCCGCUUCCAUUACAAUGCGGUGCUGAAGCGAAAAUUCUCGAAAAUUUCGGCGACAAAAUUUGCAAAAUGCUUGAUGAUCGACUCGCAAAAGAUGCAGAAAAUGAUGGUUUAACGCCGGUAGAAUUACUAGAAAAAUCAAGAAAAGUUCCAGCAUCAUGGUGGGAUAAGGUUAAUAAAGAAGCACCAGUUGCGAAAAAUAAACCAGCUAAGAGAAGGAAAAAAGCAGAGGAGAGCACUCAAGAAAAAAAGAAGCCAAAGACCAAAACAAUAACUGAGAUGUUCGGAGUGCAGGUAAAAGAAAAAGAGCUGGGUGUUUCCCAAGAAUCUAGUAAAAUAAAUAACUUGAACAAUAAUAAUGAACCAGGCGGUCCAAAAAUAGGGGUCACGACCUCACCUUAUAAAAGUCAGGAAUUCAUGACUUCCUCUCCUGUGUUCACACUUUCACCUGGAGAAUUUGAUAUUGUGUUAUGUGUUGAUACGAGGGAAACGAUGGGGGAAUCAAGACGAAAAGAAAUGGGGGUGGAGUUGAAUAAACAAAAUGUUUGUUACGAGCAACGUACACUUCAUAUCGGAGAUUUUUUGUGGAUCGCGCAAGAAAAACCGGCUCUUUGUGUCGGUAGAAAACCAAAAGAACUUGUUUUAAAUUAUAUUAUCGAACGAAAAAUUUUAUCUGAUCUUUCAAUGUCAAUUAAAGAUGGCCGCUUUCGAGAGCAGAAAAUUCGUUUGAAACAAUCUGGAAUCGGGAAUAUUAUCUAUUUGAUAGAAAACAUGGGAAAUAUAGAAAAUCAAAGCUUACCUGAGCAAACAUUAAGACAAGCUAUAUAUAACACCCAAAUCGUUGAUAACAUAUGUGUGAAAUUUACAAAAAAUGCGAAAGCGACAGUACGUUAUCUCGAUUUAAUGACAAAACAUCUACAACGCUCAUACUUGACUUUUACACUUGAGGCACUAGAGAUUUCUGAUUCUCAAGGUGACUUUUCCCAACCUGAAACUAAGAAAUUAACUCCUUUUAAUGUAUUCAACGAAAUGGGUUCCAAGCGUAAAAAAUUAACAAUUAAAGAAAUGUUUAUACGUCAGUUGAUGCAAAUCCAUGGUAUGUCGUACGAUAAAGCAUCAGCGAUUACAGCACUAUAUGAAACUCCGAAUCAGUUGGUAGAAAAAUAUCGUAAUUUACCUUCAGAGAAAGAGAAAGAAGAAUUGAUAAGUAAAGUUAAAUUCGGAUUGACUGAACGAAACCUCGGAAUAGCCAUGAGCCGGGUGGUGCACAAAGUUUAUUCAACAUAAAAGUUAUUUAAAAUAAUCAAAUUUUGCUUUUUUAUUACCAAAGUUGUUGAAUAAUGAUGAAUAAUGUUAAAACAUAUUUUUUAAAGUGCCCCUG